AAUUCUCGCGUAUUUUUCUGUACGCCUUGCAUUUCUCAUUUCUAACCCAUUUUUUAUUUCUUUCUUUCAUACCAAACAAACACAAAGCUUUUGAGAGAAGCAAUAUUUAAAACAAAACAAAACAAAACAAAACUGUUCGUCUCAUUCUCUUUUUCUUCAGGAAUUAUUAACAUGUCUACUCAGCGAAUUGAUCCACUUGUUCAAGUGGAAACAACCUGUAGAGCCCUUCUAAAUGAACUUCAGAUAAUCUGGGAAGAAGUUGGGGAGACAGAUGCUGACAGAGAUGAAAUGCUGCUUGAGCUUGAACGAGAGUGUGUGGAGGUAUACAGAAGAAAGGUAGAUCAGGCAAAUCACUCCAAAGCCCAUAUAAGACAGACAAUUGCUGAUUCUGAAGCCGAACUGGCUGCCAUCUGUUCAGCAAUGGGGGAGAGGCCAGUGCAUAUUAGGCAGUCAGAUCAAAACAUUGGCAGCUUGAAGGAAGAGCUCAGGAAAAUGCUUUCACAAGUGGAGGAGAUGAAGAAAAGGAAGGAAGAAAGAAGAAAUCAUUUCAUAGACGUCCUGGACCAAAUAGAAAUGAUCAUAAAUGAGAUAAAUGGAUCCACGGAAUCAGUUUCCUCGGAAACGGUUGUGGAUGAAACUGAUUUAUCCUUAAUGAGGCUUGAAGAAUUGCAUAGACAGCUGCAUGAACUUCUGAAAGAGAAGAGUAAUCGUCUGAAGCAGGUUCAGGACCAUCUUAACACAUUGAACUCACUCUGCUCAGUGAUGGGUAUGGAUUUCAAGCUUACAGCUACCGAGGUCCAUCCUAGUUUAGGUGACUCUGAAGGAUCGAGGAGCAUUAGCAAUAAUACACUCGAGCAACUGGGAACAGAAAUAAAUAAGUUGCGGGAAGUUAAGAUACAGAGGAUGGAAAGGCUACAAGAUCUUGCAACUACUAUGUUGGAGUUGUGGAAUCUGAUGGAUACACCGAUUGAGGAGCAACAGAAGUUUCAGAAUGUUACAUGCAAUGUAGCUGCUUCAGAGCAUGAAAUUACUGAACCCAACACUCUCUCUGACGAUUUUAUCAAUUAUGUUGAGGAAGAAGUUUCUAGAUUGGAAGACUUAAAGUCGAGCAAAAUGAAAGAGAUCAUUCUCAAGAAGAGAGCAGAGCUAAAGGAGAUCUCUACAAAGACGCACUUGAUUCCAGACACUCAAUUAGAAGAUGCAAUUGAAGCUAUUGACUCAGGAGUGAUUGAUGCUGCAACUAUACUAGAACAAAUUGAACUUCAAAUUGCCAAGGUUAAAGAGGAAGCUUUUAGCAGAAAAGAAAUACUUGAGAAGGUUGAGAAAUGGUUGGCAGCAUGUGAGGAGGAAUCUUGGCUUGAGGAAUAUAACAGGGAUGAAAACCGAUAUAAUGCCGGAAGAGGUACUCAUCUUACACUGAAGCGCGCUGAGAAAGCUCGUUCCUUGGUUAAUAAACUUCCAGGAAGGGUGGAGGCUUUGACUUCAAAGAUUAUGGCUUGGGAAGAGGAGAGAGGGACUGAAUUUUUGUAUGAUGGUACUCCUGUUCUUUCAAUGCUUGAAGAUUAUGCUAAUUUACGAGAGGAGAAAGAGCAAGAACGACGUAGGUUGCGGGACCAGAAGAGACUUCAGGGACAACUAAUAGCGGAGCAAGAGGUACUCUAUGGCGCAAAACAAAGCCCACCAAAGCCGCAGAGUGCAAAAAAGGGUUCCAAGCAGUGUACUGGAGUUCCAAGCACUAAAAAAGUCGCCUUGGGGGGACCAAUGCUUCAAGCUCAUAAACUCGAUUCAGUUAAUUCCCCGAGGAUUUCUCAAACACGUUCUAAUAAGAAAACUGAGUUUAUGUUACAAAAUGACGCCAUUCCAGCUUCCCCAGCUUUUAAGAGAGGCCAGGACAUUGCCGAUGCUCCCUUUCGAAAGCACCCAUCAAACGGCAUAAACACUAAUGAAAUAGAAUCACCACUGGUUCGUAAGCCAUUCUCGCCCAUCUCUCUCCCAGUAUCAUCAAAAGCCAAUAUGACAAACAAGCUAGAAGAUAACGGUGAAAGUAAAACUUUACAGAAAACAAUUCCGACCAACGAUCCAUCCAACAACACCAUGACUCCCUUGAAGACGAUUUCUUCAGUCGACGAAGAGAAUAGGAAGCCAAAGGCAAUGCAUUCAACAGCGUCAGUUCAAAUGCAGACAGACAUAACACCACCUCCAACGUUACAAACUUCACUAGUCGAAGAAACUCAUGAAGAGAUGGAACAGUCGUUUGAAGAAAAGAGACUUGCUUUGAUGCAUUCGGAUAAACAAAUUCCAUCAAUGAUACAAGUAUGAAAGCUUCAGAAACCUUCUUAUUACUUGAUUUUUUAAAAAAUUUCACUCUCUUUGAUGUUUAUAAUUUUGACUGUUCUGCUGUGAAUGUAUAACUGCGAGCCUGAACGUGGACGAAUUGCAAGCUUUUAUUAAAAGAAAAUACCUUGUUUUCCCUUC